GUCUCAUCUCCCAGGCACCACAUCUCUUGAUUCCUUCCUAGCUUCCAUCUCCCCCGGAGAUCCCAACAAGACAACAUGCCUCCCAAGAAGCCUGAGCCUAAGAAGGAAGCGGCCAAGGCCGCCCCAGCCUCUGCCCCAGCCCCAGCUCCUGAGCCUCCCAGGGAACCUGCCUUUGAUCCCAAGAGUGUAAAGAUAGACUUCACUGCCGACCAGAUCGAAGAAUUCAAAGAGGCUUUCUCGUUGUUUGACCGGACGCCGACUGGAGAGAUGAAGAUCACCUAUGGGCAGUGUGGGGACGUGCUGCGGGCACUGGGCCAGAACCCCACCAACGCCGAGGUGCUGCGCGUCUUGGGCAAACCCAAGCCUGAAGAGAUGAAUGCGAAGAUGCUGGACUUCGAGACGUUCCUGCCCAUCCUGCAGCACAUCUCCCGCAACAAGGAGCAGGGCACCUAUGAGGACUUUGUGGAAGGGCUGCGUGUUUUCGACAAGGAGAGUAAUGGCACAGUCAUGGGUGCUGAGCUUCGCCAUGUCCUCGCCACCCUGGGAGAGAAGAUGACUGAGGCUGAGGUGGAGCAGCUUUUGGCUGGGCAAGAGGAUGCCAACGGGUGCAUCAAUUACGAAGCCUUUGUCAAACACAUCAUGUCUGGGUGAAGCAGAGCCCUCAGGGUGCCUGGCCCUGGGCCACAACCUUUCUGGGGCGAGUUAAGCCAGAGGCCCAGAGUGACUGAGCUGGAGCUGGGGAGCUGGGGUCCUGGACUUGCCACUGCAUCACAGCCCCGAGGACA